AUGUCCAUGUUCCGAUCGAAGAAGCUGGACCUUGGUGGUUUCGUCAACAUCAAGGUCAUUCGCGACCACACCAAGCGCAAAGUCUUUGAGCAGAACGAGACUGAGAGGUCAGUUGGAUCUCAGCAUAUCUAUACCCGUGAACAGUAUACUGAUUCAGGUUAUAGACAAGCACUCCGCUACAUCAUCCGCAACACACUCCUGCCGCAACGCACGCGCGCCCAGGCCCAACUGCAAUUGUCGCAAAUGCACUGCUACACCCGCCCCACCCAGAUCAAGAACAGAUGUAUUGCUGGAGGCAAGGGAAAAGGUGUUUUCCGUGAUUUCCGCAUGGCAAGAGUACGUUUGAUUUUGGAUAAAACAAGAAGACAAGGCUGA